AUGCAAGGCGCAAAAGAUGUUACCACCUUGCUGUCCACAACCACUGCUCUUACAUUACUUGGUGGAACAUCAUCGGUUGAUAGCUUAGAAUUUCGAAGUGUCAUUGGUGGCCUGCAAUAUUUAUCACUUACAUGUUCGGACAUUUCAUUUGCUGUGAAUAAGUUGUCUCAAUUUAUGCAUAAACCUACAACAACUCACUGGAAAGCUGCAAAAAGACUGCUUCGAUACUUGAAGCAUACUAUUUUUCAUGGGAUUCACAUCCAGAAGAGCUCAUCUCCAAAUCUCACCUCCUACUCUGAUGCUGAUUGGGCAGUUGCUUGCAUUGCAAGUUCCGAUUUGAUUAGUGGUUUUGAUUGUGCAUUGGCAUUGAACCACUCUGCACAACAAAUUGGUAUCAAAGCUACUGGUUGCAAUGACUGGGAUUUCUUUGGCGAAGUUUGA